GUUUCAGAAACGUCUCAGUCAUACUAUCGAGGAGUGACAUAUACAUACGAAAAUAAGAGAGUUUAUACAAGAGGCUGAAUAUAAAUAAAUUACUUACAAAUCUCACUCGAAAACCCUCUCCGCUGCUACCAUGGUUUCCUCCAGCAAGAUCAAAUCUGUCGACUUUUACAGAAAAAUCCCGAGAGAUUUGACAGAAGCAUCAUUGUCUGGUGCGGGAUUGUCCAUACUCGCAGCUUUUUUCAUGAUGUUCUUGUUUGGGAUGGAACUAAAUAGCUAUUUGACGGUUAACACCUCAACAUCGGUCAUAGUGGACACGAGUCCUGAUGAAGACUUAUUACGCAUUUAUUUUAAUAUUAGUUUUCCAGCACUAUCUUGUGAAUUUGCAUCUGUGGACAUGAAUGAUGUUUUGGGAACAAACAGGUUGAAUGUAACUAAGACAGUUCGCAAGUAUUCGAUAGAUCGAAAUCUCAAUCCUACUGGUCCUGAAUUUCAAUCUGGACCAGUUCCGAGAGUUAUUAAGCAUGAUGAGUUGGUUGAUGAAGAAUAUGGUGAAGGUUCUCUUUCACUAAAUGCACGAAAUUUUGAUAGGAUUUCUCAUAUGCAUCCAGUUUUGGUUGUAAAUUUCUUUGCUCCGUGGUGCUCUUGGAGUAAUCGACUGAGACCUUCAUGGGAGAAAGCUGCAAAAAUCAUGAGGGAAAGAUAUGACCCAGAAAUGGAUGGACGGAUUCUUUUGGGAAAGGUUGACUGCACGGAAGAAAAUGAGUUGUGUAGAAGGAAUCACAUACAAGGCUAUCCUUCCAUUCGGAUAUUCCGUAAAGGAAGUGAUGUCAGGGAUGAACAUGGACACCAUGAACAUGAAGCGUACUAUGGAGAUCGUGACACUGAUAGCCUGGUUACUACAAUGGAAGAGCUAGCUGCCUCUGUCUCUCUGGAAUCUCAAAAGCUUGCUUUAGAGGAUAAGUCUGGAAAGAAUCCUGAUAAGAAACCUGCACCGGUAACUGGUGGAUGUAGAAUUGAAGGUUUUGUGCUCGUGAAAAAGGUUCCGGGGAACCUCGUUUUCGCAGCUCGUUCAGGGUCCCACUCCUUUGAUGCUUCGCAGAUGAAUAUGUCCCAUAUAAUAACACGUCUUACCUUUGGCAAGAAAAUUACUCCGAAAGGGAUGACUGAUGUCAGUCGGGUGUUGCCUUAUAUCGGUCAAAGCCAUAACAAGUUGUAUAACCAGGCAUAUAUCACUCACCGAGCAGAUGCAAAUAUUACUAUAGAGCAUUAUCUUCAGGUUGUAAAGACGGAGGUGAUGACAAAAGCUUAUAAAAUUAUUGAGGACUAUGAGUACACUGCUCACAGUAGUUUAAUCGCAAGCCCUGCAGUUCCAGCUGCGAAGUUUCAUCUCGAGCUGUCUCCAUUGCAGGUCCUUAUAGAAGAGAAGCCAAAAUCUUUUUCGCACUUCCUCACCAAUCUCUGUGCCAUUAUUGGUGGUGUUUUCACGGUUGCUGGGAUAUUGGAUUCUAUUCUGCACAAUACUCUAAGGUUAAUAAAAAAGGUUGAGUUAGGAAAAAAUUUCUGAUAGAAAGCAGUUGGCCAGUGCCUAAAGAUCGUUAGCACACUGUUUACUGUAUUAAUCAGGCCCUUUAAAGUUAUUUACAUGUAAUAGACAUUAUUGUCUUUGUACACAAGUUUUGCAGUGUAUUUGGAGAGUGCAGACAAAUUACAAAUUAGCAUCAUAGAAAUGACUUGCAACCUAGAAUCUCGUGUUCCUGUUUUGUUUUGCUACAUAUUUGUGUCAACUUGUGUGUUUCUUA